AUGGAUUCUUUUGAAGUUGCUAGUCAGUUUUCGACCAUUCUAAGAAACUUGACUCCUCAGUUUCAGCAACUUGCGAAAGCGUCUUACUUUGCGUUGAAAAAUGCAGACAAGGAAGACUACAUUGUUCCCACUGUCCUAGACGUGGUGCAGGACCCCAAGCUCGACCUCAACACCAAGGCAACGAUUUUCCAAUUCAUUGAACUAUUAAUCACAGAGAGCCACCGCAACCAAUCAAAGUUUGGAAAUGCGUAUCUCCAAAGCUUGAAGAUGGCCUUGCCGCUGAUUAUCACCAGCAUCUGCCCCGAGGAAAACUCGGCAAAUUUUCAAAACACCUACCACAGUCUACAAAACAUCUCCAAGAACUAUGCGGUAGAUUGUAGUGAGUAUGAUGACAAAUGUAGCCAGAACUUGCUAUCGGAGCAGGACUUGACCGAGUUGGACCAAGGAGAAACCGAUGUGCUGUGCAGGAUGAAAUUUGAGAUCCAGGAGAAGGACGACCCGCUCGUGGCAGCGUGGAAGACGCUCCUCGAGAGGAAACGGCAAACGCAAAUCCAGCGGUACAAGCUUUUGAACCGCUCUGAGCCCACUGAGGAAAACGUGGACGAGGACCAGAUCUUCAACAUGCGCACGAAAACCGAGAAUACAAACCACCUACUGUUGACGAAAAAGCAAAUCAUUUCACGCAUGGAGGACGAAAGAGAAAGCCACAAGCGGCUGAAGGAGAAUAUCUGGUGUGUCAAUCGAGAUAAGAGCUCCAAAUUUGUGUCUGAGGACGAGUUUACUGAAUACUACUGGGACAAGUGCCAACGCUUGGACCCGCAGGAGAACAGGCAGUUUUUGGACAACCUCCAAGAGUUGAACCAAAUGGUGCUACGAAGUUAUAAAGAUGAACAAAGCGUGUAA